AUGACUAAUUAUACUAAUGAUAUUCUUGAGUUAAUUUUACAAAAUCAAAAUUUCAUUCACAAUGUUAGAAAUUUGAAACUUCUUAUUGAUGAAAAUACGAGAAUUUAUAAUCUUACAUCACAAAUGAUUCAUUUACAUCAAAAUCUUAAGAAAAUUUUGAUAAGUAAUGAUAUAUAUUUAUAUCAAUUAUCAUUGUUAUUAUCGAAAGAUUAUAAUUGUUCAAAUACCUUAAAUACAAUCAUUUUCUAUCACGUCGAAUUUAAAUUAGUAAACAAUCUUGGCGAAAUAUUUGAACAAUCAAAUGUUUUAGAAUCCGUUCAUAUUUUUUUUUGUUCUUUCUUGAAUAGUAACCUUACUCAACAAAUUAUUAAUUUAACAAAACCAUUUAAAUUAAAAUCUUUAUUUAUUGUAAUUGAGAAAUCACAAAUUGAAGCAGCACAACAAUCAUUACAAAUAUCUGGUGAUUAUUUAGAAAAUUUCUGGUUUUCCUAUAAUGCAUCAAUAAAUCAACAAUUAUUAAAAUAUUGUAAGAAUAUCAAAUUACUUUAUUUUGAAAAUUCUCAAGAUAUUCUCAUUAAUAAAUUAUUAAUAAUAAUACAAAGUUGUAGUGAUGAUAUUUUACAUUGCAUAAAGGAACAUAUUAUGAAGAAAAAAAGAGCCAAGUAUUUGGAUAUUCGGGAUGAUAUUAAAAAUAAAGAAUUGUUUGAUUUGAAAGAUGAAUUAAAGAAUAUUUGA